GUUGAUGGUUUUUAAGAGAAAAAUAGAAGUCCUUGACUCCUUGUCUGAGCCGUCCGUUUCACUUCUACGCCCAUCUUUCCUCGUUUUUCAACUUAAUAUUAGACCAACCGCGCGACAACAGCUUUUUCUUCUUCUUCUUUUAAUUCCUCGUCUUCCUCGCAUGCAUAUAAAGGCUGUUUUGCUUUUCUUUUCCUUUCCUUCCGGUGCUCUUAUUAUUCUUUUAAUUCUCCGUCUUCCACGCAGCUUUAUUACUUUUCUAUCUUCCGGUGCUCUUGUCCAUGGAUGUCUCAAUUGCUCAUGAUAUUUAAUCCCAAAAAAAAAAAAAAGGUUUGAUAUUUUACGAGACCGAUCACAGGCCUGGAGAAAAAUGGGCAUCUCAGUGAGAGUUGGAUUCAUGGCAGUCUUUGCGAUCUCGGGAAGCGUAGUUCUCCUUGCUCAUCAAGUACAUAAGCGCCUCCUCUCUGAUUUCAUGAAAAGAGUUGAAUCUGAAUUGGGUACUACUCAUGUCCUGCACUCCCAUGCCAAAAAGCUGAAAAAAGUGAAAUCCGAAUUGGGAUCCGAGAAAUAUCAAGCCAAGAAGAAGGUCAGAUUUGCAGACGAUGUUAAAGAACCGUCAUCGAAUAACAAAGAAUACCGUAACCGACAGUACUUGUCCAAAAGCAAAGUCAAUGAAGUAUGUAGCACAUGGGCGGGCCAGUGCUGAUUGUCGCAAAUUGGAGCUCGCCACGGCUGCCAGCCAACACAAAUCCCUGUAGUUUCUGCAUGUUUUGUUGUUGUUCUUGUGCUGGUGGGAUGGCGUUUAAUCUCCAUGUGGUGUUGUUCACGGUUUCGAUCAUCUUUGUGACAGAAUAGGGAUACAACAGCGGGCUGUUGUAAAUAUCACAGGUACUCCCAUAAACGCCCUUUUUGCUCCUUUUUGUAUGUAUAAAAUAGUGGUGUUUGACCAAAAUUAAUAUUAGUUUUGAUAAUUUAUGAUAAAAAUUAAACAACGUAAAAUAUGAUUUUGCUAUUUUUUUUCUUCUUUAA